AUGUGUGCGGAGACGCACGCACCUAUUACAUCCCUCUUGCAACGCCUCGACCGCGUCACAGAGCCCGAGCUUGGAUACCUUCUCCACGGCGGCGCGUCGCGUGCAGCGUCCACACCGCAGUCCGCCCACCCUUGCUCGAUCUGCUCUUUCGGGGCUCGACCAGCUGCUCUGCUCCUGACCAUUGACCAUGACCUGACAUUGAACUUCUUCUGCGCUCAUUGGUAUUCACUCUCGAGCAGUUAUUGGGGCCGGUGGUGUCUACAAAAUCAUCUUUAA